AUGAACAUUUCCCAUCACUCUGGCUUUGAUCAAGAUGGGAAUCGCCCGCCUGAGAUCACCGAGAAAGCCGGUCUAGGCUUGACAAGCGGUGGCCCAAAGUAUCCCCAGCUCGACGAUACACCUCGCAAGGAAUUCGCAUGCCCUUUCCAUAGAAGGGAUCCACUACAGUACCGGGGAUGUGAAGGCAAGCGAUUUCCUCGUAUAUCAGAUGUUACAAAGCACAUUGCAAGGCGGCACCAGGUCAGAAAGUAUGAUUUUGAGUCAAGCACCACCUAUUGCGCAUGGUGCCGUCACAAGUUUGUUGGACCGAAUGCUGAGAAAAGUCUCUCCAACCACGCGACAUCAUGCGAAGCUUCUAUCCAGCAAACCGGUCUUCUGCUACCUGAGGAAUUUUCUUUACUUAGAUCGGCCGUGGCCGAGACAUCUGGCAGUGCUUCAAAGUGGUAUGCAAUGUGGAGAGUGUGUUUCCCUGCGAUACAAAUGCCUUCGCCAUAUGUUGAGGCAGUUGUUCCCCAACCGCAGGCGCGGCGAAUCCUUCAGGAUCUUCUAGCCUCAUCUGCUGCCAACCCUUGGACAUCUGAGGAGAUCAGGCAGUCUACUAUCGACAAAGCUUUGAGUGCAAUCUACUAUGGCUUACCUUUCACCGAGACCGAACCUGACGAGAGCACUGUCCGUUCUGAUACGUCAGACUACGAGGAAAGCACAUUUAGUAACCAGGAUGAUAGUUCCUCAAGUGUUGCCAGGUCUUUCGCGGACCCUUAUGACAUGGAGCUAUGGACUGGUCGUCUCAAGAUUGCAGUGCUCAAUGUAGAAUGCGACAAAGUCCAUAGUAUUUUGGAGAACUCCUUCGAAAAAGUUGCCGUUGGAGAGUAUUUAUGGCUCCUGGAGUUGAAAUCUCUGGGACUGUCAGCGGGCGAGAUCGCCGACGAACUACUGGAACGAUCGCAGGUUGGGCCCUGGAUCUAUUCGAAGAUUGAUAUCCCCAAUGUUGGAAUAUACCGUCGCCGUCACAACUUUCAUAUCUCGAGAUGUCUCCACAGCCAGCUAAGGAAUGAGGCAAUGCCAACCGCAGAGUCGCAGUUAAGCCAGCAUUUCAGAACUCUCGAGCCUGACUCGGAGAACUCAGUACGUGAGGCGAUUCAGUACUUAUGCGGUAUUGGAGGGGUCAGCCCUAUGCACGAUGGGUCGCAAAAUAUCCAGUUUGGGUCUGUGGUCUUCGAAAACGCUAACUCAACUGCGAUUGUCUCAUUGAUGAAUACCGAAUCAGUCCAAGCUGUUGGGAAACAUCUGGAGAAGGCCAUCGGCGCCCUUCAGCAAGUCGGUGGAUGUUGCGACUCUUUCACCUUUCUAGCAAGACAAGCGUUGUUUGUUGAGCUGGAACGAAUAGAACCUGGAAACACAUUAAUAAUGGAACAUCUGAUAUCUCUCACAAGCUCGAAGGCCAGUUUUGAGGGCUUGGAUCCGAGAUUACUGGACUCACUAACAGCCCAAUUCCUUUCGCUUGCUUUCGCUCUUUAUGCGCAAGGACAUUGCGAGCCCUUCACGCCAUUCUUCCUAGACACUUCACUAAAACGUAUACUGCUCAUCGGAAACCAGAUUUGGGGUUCUACUUUCUCUGGGCCUUGUAUACUCGCUUCUCCCGUAGAGUUGAGCUGCUUUGGUGGGAUGGUUCAGCGCAGGGUGUUCGCCUUUCAAUAUUUUAACGCAUUCGAUAGGUCAAAGGUAUUCUCAGAUCCUGUUACGAAGUUCGACUUGAAAGCUCGCCCUGAAGAUUUACUGGAUACCUGGGGUCCUGGAGAUUUCAUUGUUCCAAAGGAUGACCAAGAAAACCUCCACGCAAUCUCCAUUGGUGGUGGCCUGAUUACCUCCUCCUCGACAGGAAUGGACAGCUACCAAUUGCCUGUUUUACACUGGAGCCGUGCAUCAGGAGACAACACAGAAGUCACUUCAACCUUCCCUCGCCAUGAAAAGAUGGUCAUCGGCUCAAGAGUCUCGAUAAACCAAACCUGCAGAAUAACUCCUCAAGAACAAGUUCGGAAGUCUAUUCCAUGGUUGAAAGAGCUAGGGACAUUCCCAAGCUACUGGGAAGUGUCUGAGAGGCAGCUAGGACUUGGAUUGCAGGCCGGAAACGGAGCUGUGGGAACAUUGAACUUCGCCCAGACUUGGGUAAAGAGACUGGGUCAGACCAAGAAGUCCAACAUCCUCGCCAAGAGAUCUCUUUCCAUCGCCGAUCUAGAAGGGCCUUUCGCUGUGCAGGUUAGCUUCUGUACUGGUAUCGCCCGACGUGUACAGCUGCGAGAACUCCUGGCCGAUAUCUUACCUGUUUACGUUGCAGAUCUCGCUACGCAGCCCUGCAACUGGAAGAGACUUCAAGAUUGCAAUAUCUGCAAGAUAUUGCGAGAUAGUGACUUCAGAGUACGUUACCAAAAGCUAGAUCGUGAGCUGCAAGCAGAAUUUGAGACUCUCGCUAUCGCCGUCCUGUUUCUACUGCAAGACACGGGUGUCGAUAGGAAGGGUGAGAACUUCGUAGUUGGUUGCAUUCCCCCAGGUUCAGCAGUUCAAUGCUUCAAAAUCCCCAUCGAGAAAGAGAGCUUCUGGGCCCGAAUACUUACCGACUCUGAUGAUGUAGCGACCUUCGCUUACGCGGCGACGAGUUGCUUUGAAACGGACCUGCGUAGAUGCCGAGGCCCGAAAGAACAAUGGAAGAACGCAACAGCCCUCUUCUCCACGGCUGUAUCACUGUGCCAUGACCACAUAGUCGCGCAGGGAAUAGUAGCACAGCAGACAAGAUGGGCUCUGAAGGACUCAGAGUCGUAUCUAUUGGGGCGAGUUGACGAACCUCUACUUGUGCGAGUGAUCCGACCCAACAUCCAGGAUGAGCCCGAAUUGCUAGUCUCAAUGAGCACAAUCAUAGCCCCGUUUUUGAGAAGGUGGAGCAGGAAGCAAGGUUAUAAGAGGCCGUGGAGGUUGCGAGAAAGCAGAGCGAUAGACCAUCAGCAUCAGAUGGCUGAGAGCGUUGUUGUGACUACUGACUUUGAGAAUUCGUGGUGA